CCACUUUUGAAAACGGACGAAUUUAUCCUAAAUAAUGAGGAACUUCAUUGUGUCUAUUUGUAGAGUACUAUAAAAAAAAAUCAAUUAAAUAGAGAACUAUUUAAAAAAAGUAGAUAUCUUCUUUGUUCAAAUCAAUCAUCAAUAAUAAAUAUGAAUAGACUAACUAUAGAACUAAUCGGACAAUACAGCGUAGCAUGGAUGAAUACAGGUACUUUAGCCAUUGGUACAAGUAUAGCCACCUUGUUUUCGUUGUAUUCUGUCGUUGAUGUUGUAUUUCAAUCCACAAAGUCACAAUUCCAAGAUAUCUGUCAUCAUAUCAAUCAAACAGCUGAACAAAUCCAUCAAGUUCCAUCCAUGAUGCAAGCAUAUCUUCAUUCCUUGGAGCAAUCCAUCCGUAAUCAACUUUGUAAAGCCUUGAUGAUGUUGGUAACUAUUGUUGAAUCCGUUCUACUUUGGUUGGUUGAUAUGUACAAAUCCACAUACCGUUGUCUUUUAGCAUUUGCCAUCAACACCACUUUAGCCGUCGUCACAAGUAUUGCCGAACCACUCCAAAAAGCUACAGAAACUGUCUUGAAAGGUGUCGAUUCAGCUACUAAUACCAUAGGUGCGUUGUUCAAUCAUCCUGAAGCAUCAUCCAUUCCCACCAGCCUUUCAAAUUGGACUCUGUCUAUGGAACAAACACAACAAAAAGUGAAUCAAUGGACCAACGGCACAGAUCAGCUUCAUGAAUGGUUAUCAACUCCUUUUGAGAGCCUCAAACAACAUAUCAAUGCCACUUUUGUUGUCGCUAGUCAAAACAAUAACACAUUCAAUAGUUCAACCGGCUUACCAUCAAAUUCAUAUUGUAAUGCCACUAGUGUCAUCCAAGAUAUCCAAGAUAUUCAGAACCAAAUCGUCUAUUGCUUGAAUGUCACCAUCGGUAUUCUAUUUGGAGCCAUUGUUGUUAGUACUCUUAUCCGCAUCCUGUAUCUCUGGUAUUGUCAUCGUUACCUUCAACGCUUACGAUAUAAAGUGCUUGAAUCAUUGGCAUCCCAUCCUACUUACCAAGAAGAAGAAGAAGAAAUCCCUGCCAUCAUCCAUCGAAAUCAUAUUUCUGCUCAAUCCGCCAUGCUUGCUCGGUAUGGAGAUGCUCAUCAGAAUGCCCUUGUCGCGUCCAUCACCUAUCGAACCCAGGAAGAAAUCAUUCGACCGCCCACGUUGCUAAGACGCUGGUGUGUGUUUGUAUCGCAUUCCCCCAUGUUAUGGUAUUGCCUCUUGGUGUCGUUGGUUGGACUGUGUACUACCUACAGCAUGAUUGCUCUUGUCCAUCAUGGAGUGUCCAAUAAUAAUAAUGACUUGUAUCAACUUGACCAACGUGUUACCCAAUGGUUCCAAGAUACCAUGCAAAACUCCACAAACAAAAUUCAACAAGAUAUCAAUACACAAUGGCAGACCACUAACCAAUGGAUAACUACUUCAGAAUCGACCAUCAAUAAUGCUGUUUUUGGUACCUUGCGAGAAUUUGCCUUGCCAAUCAAUUCUACUUUGGAUAAUAUCAUUCAACACUUAUCAGAUUUGAUCACUACUGCCGUAGGAGGAACCAUCAUGGAAACACCUGCAAAGGAAGUACUUGACUGUUUGGUUUUGAAUAAACUGGAUACACUUCAACAAGGCAUUGAAUGGAUUAUCCGCAAUAGUUACAUCGAAUUACCUCGUAUUGAAAUCAUGCAUCCAUUCACAUUGGAACCCAAAUUGCAAGUAAUGCCAUCCCAGACCAUCUUGAAUGCUUUGGAAGGACAUCUACAAUCUCAAAUCUAUUUCUUUUGGAUCUUAUUUUCACUAUGGAUCAUUUGUGCCAUUAUUGGAUUCAUCUAUGUGAAAUAUACGGACGUAUCUGACAUUACCCAACCCAUCAACAAAGUCUUUGUAAAAGAAAUAAAUAAAUAAAUAAAAAAAUUUAAUCAUCAUCAAACGAUAAAAAUAAAAAACGUUUAUUAUUCCUAUUUUCA